AUGCAGGAACUCCAAGAGCUAGAAUCCGAGCCUCUCUGCCAUCGAAUCGCUGCCCGUCUCCUGGUCAACAACUGCCAGCUUCUCGACGGGAAAGAUGACGCGACUGUACUGAUCGACAGCGGCAGACGAAUCAGAGACUUUGUCGACUCCUACGCCGCCAGCCUUGCUAUAUGCGAUCUCGAAAGAGGGAGUUUCGAUAUACCAUCGGGCUGUGCCCCAUUUCGAGAGAAUUCCUUGGCUCAGAUUCCCGAUUCCAAGUUCCCUCGUCUUCACGUCUCUCCCCAACAAAUUGACUCAUGUCUCUCAGGUCUAGCAAGGUCAGAUUCGGCAUGGAACACUUGGGUCAGCUACCGACACAAAGCACUGAGGUUCUGCGAAGCUGCCCGUGCUGACAACGACAAAGCUCAAAGCAUACGCCUCCAUCAGCGCUUGACGGAGGUCUUAUCCAAGCUCUCUGAAGGAGUCGAACAGGAGCUCGAAGCUCAUCUGCAUGCCAUCAACACGAGAGCUACCGAAGUGACCGAUCAACUGCGUCGGAUUAUCCCUGAUGUCGACCGACUGCGCGACAGCAUUCAAGACAUGGAUCGAACCCUUUCCCAACAGAUUAUGGAGACAGCUCAGGUUUGA